AUGGAGUGGGUUGUUAAGAAUCCACAGUUCCAUAGCUUAUUCAGCAAUCUUGGCUUUAAGCACGCAGGUGGAUAUCACGUAAAUGACAACUGUAAUGCUGCCCUUGAAACUAUCUUACACAACAUUAUAACUGAAGACAAGUAUCUACGGACAUAUCGCAGGAACAUCAAUAUCGGGCAAAACAUAAAAAAAGACUUAAUACCUCUUUUGAUACACGCUAAGGAAGAUACAACUAUAGAAUUACUAGUGAGAAUACUAGUCAAUUUGUCAAUACCCAUCGAGUGCUUGCUAUCAGUGGAAGUAACAUCGCAAUCAGGUUUUGGUUUGCAUAUGAUAUUUGAAUUAAAUCAGUUACUGACCGCCGCAAAAACGGCUUUUACUGGUCCGAAAACAACAAAAGUAGUUGUUGACUUUUUAAAGAAAAAUGUGGAUCCUGAUCAACCAAAUGUGUCACUGGAACAAUGCACAAAUAUAAGUAACAGUCUUCUGUUAUUCAGAAACAUACUGCAUAUACCAGAGGAAGGUGAAAGCCCUAUUUCAGGCAACCAUGGAUCUGGUCACGCCGUGCAAAAUCAGAUUCUCUGGAACAUGUUUGGCCAAAACGUUGAUAAAGUACUGAUUAAGCUUAUGAUUAUACCGGAAGCGACUAAUUGGGGAGCCACAAUGGUACAACUUGUAGCACUCAUGUAUAAAGAUCAGCGUGUUGUUACGUUGCACAAACUCCUCAAUACGUGGCUGGAGUCCUGUCAUUCUGAGAGUUCAGAAGACAAUGAAAGUAACACUUCUCCAUGGGAUAAAGGUAGUGAAGAUUCGUCACCUAUGCUGACAUCAGAUCCGACGUCAGAUUCGUUAGAUCCGGUAUUAACGAUGAACCAGAUUCGGAGACCAAUGGAUGGGGAAUGUCCGGAAACAAUGAAUACAAUGAAAUAUUACAAUCAACAGUUUCAACCUCCGUUACCUGAUGAGAAUGACAUUCACAUGAGGGACCAAGACGCAUCGACUGGCGAUGAAAAUAUGAAGUCUGAUAAUGAAGAAAAAGUGAUGUCAGAAUAUGCACCAACCGAGACAAGUAAUGAUCAACAAUCAGCAAAAGCUGAGAUGAAGAGAAAAGGGACAUUAUAUGAAAUCGAAAAUCAAGAGACAAUUUCAACUUCAAGCAAUGAUGACGAGAUACCUUUUAAAAAACCAGUUCAUCAAAAACCUCACCAUCCUAAACAAAGAGUGAACACCAAGGCACGGACUUCUAUUAUAACAACAUUAGAAGAGAGAAAGCGUAAAAAGAUAAAUAAAAGGAGUAAAGCGAACAUCAUAAACAUACAAGAGCUCAAUCACGAAUCUCCAACAGAUGAUGAUUUAUCCUAUGUAUUUAAAGAAUUUACUGUUGACUUUUUACUCAAAGGUUACAACUCCUUGGUACACACACUAUAUAGUCAAAUCCUCACAAACGUAAUGUUGGAAAUCGACACGUCACAUUUUUUCUGGUUACUGACGUAUUUCCUGAAAUUUGCUACCCAAAUCGAGUUGGAUUUACAAUACAUUUCCGGUGUAAUAUCCUUUGAUAUAGUAUCGUAUUUGACCGCUGAGGGUGUCAAUUUGUGUGAACAAUUUGAACUGGCUGUUAAGCUAGACAGAAAUAACUGGACGUCAAGUAGCCGGCGUCUUCAUCUGGUUGUUACAGCCAUUAGAGAGUUUGUACAAACUAUUGAAGUAUACAAGAAGUUUCCGCAUAUUUGUACCGUUCAAAAAGACGCCCUUAUAUCAUUACAAAACAAAAUGUGUGAAGCCGAUGAAUUGAGAUCGCUUUUAGUGUUGCUGUUGCGUCACUAUAAUCCAAAAUACCAUUCCAAGCAGUAUUUAAAGGACCUCGUUAUAACAAACCACAUACUGCUGACAUUUUUGGAUAGCGCCAUGAAAAAUCCAAACUACACCGGUUCUACCGACAUUGUAGAACACAUUAAACAGUUCGCGGCCCCUGAAAUUAUAUGCCAAUACGGGUUAUUGCUAGAAGAGUACGCGGUGAACGGGGAGUUCGUCAACGACUGCGUGUUCACGAUCAUGCACCACGUGGCAGGGGAGCUGGACAGUUUGACCAGUUUAUAUCAACCUAAGAUAUUGAAGACGUUCACUUAUAUUUGGAAAUCUGAGUUUGAGGUUUGCGACGAUUGGUCUGAUUUAAUACAAUACGUGAUAAACACAUUCACAAGGAAGCAUGAAGUGCUGUUAACUGACAGUAUAAGACACUGUUUUAGAAUGGACACACAGAUAUUUAACGACAAGCAAGUUCUAACCGAGUACCAAGCAGACGUUGCGUCUGCAAAGAAAGAUUUCCAGCAUGCGGCAGAAGGGAGGAAGAAAAAGUCCGUACAUAGCAGUGCGAGUCGCUCAUCUAAAGAAAGAUGGACUAAAGAUGAACUGUCAACUUUAACUUGGAAUUAUCUGAAAGGCAACAACACUCAUCCGGAUACAAUCGGCAAAAUAUUAAGAUGCCUUAAAGAAUACGGUACAGUUAAGUCAAGAUAUUCUGUGAUCAGAGAAUUAUACAAGCAAAAUGUAAUAAACAAAGAGGAAUAUGAAAAACUGUCUAAGUGUGAAGUUAAUGCCGAUACCGCUAAGAUGAAAAAAGAAAUGAGGGAUGUCGAGAUUGGAAAGUUUUGUGAGCAAUUAAGACAAAACGGAAAAACGAAAUAUUUGGACUGGGUUCAACAAGUUUUACUUGAAACUUGUUAUGUAAAAUUGCAAAUCGAGAAGAGGUACCGUAGCGAAUGCGGCCCGACCGCGGCCCGCGCGGGCCAAACGGGUACCCGUCAGUUCAAGUUGUUCAAUCAAGGGAACAUUUCGCCAGUGAUGUCUCCUGUGUCCUAUCACGCUCUACUUCUUAAUCAGUGUGUGCCCCUGGUACCCUGGAAUUGUGAACAAGCUGCGAUGUGCAAGGAUUUAAAGUUUUUGCAACUGCUGCAUAAAUUGGGGUUCCAAAUGCCGGUUGACACCGGCAAAGUAUUCAUAAGGAUACCGCACGUCUGGUCAGCUGAUGUCUUGUACGAAGUGGCUGGCAAAGUCGCUGUUAUUGACACAACAAAACUAAAAUUCUCCAUCACCGAUAUAACUAGUAGUGGGUCUAAGAACGCUAAGCAGCAGUGCAGCUCGCCGCUGUCGACGCCCACCCAGGACGUCACGUCGACGAUCGCCGCGCCAGAGAACUUCUAUCAGAUACACAAGCAGAAACACCUCGUGGCUAUUACGAAUUAUACGCCUAGGCCGGGUACGUCGUUCCACACGGAUGUUCAAAACGAAAGCAAACUUAGUUGGCUGGCAGUAGUGCAACAAUCUCGAGAGCUUAAAUUGACCUGUAACGUGGGAAGCGUCCUGGAAAACGUGGAGGAGCUGACGCAGUCGAAGGUGCCGGCGGUGCAGCGAGCGGCGUCCGCGCCCGUCCUGCCUGACCUGCCUCCCAAGGACCUCGUCGCUCAGGAGUUGGAGGAUAACAACAGCGACAUCGAAACGGCAUCCGUCGCAUCAGACCUAACCCGCAUGUAUGUUUCGGACGAAGAGGAACAAUUGGAGAUAGCACUUCGGCCGAGCGUCACAGCGAACGCCACCGGCGAUGGCGAGGCCGGCCGGAGCGUCAGAGCGAACGCCAUCGGCGAUGGCGAGGCCGGCCCGCUCGGCCGGCGAGUGAUCCGGGGUCGACGCUCAAAAUGUCUGAAAAAAACCUAA